AUGUUCUUGCGGACUUCUUCUGGUGUGCUUCGCCUGAGCUCCUGGCUUCGGAAUGAUGGUCUGCACAUCCGCUUUCCCCUCCGAUGGCUUGCUCUGAUUCUCGCCGCCAUUGGAGGCCUCGGUGUAUUCUAUGUGUUCGCUGUCCCACAACUUCUCAGAUUCCGGUUCCGCGCCGGCUUAAGCUGGUAUGAUCUGGGAGUUCAAGGGUUCGGUCCAGAUCGAAACUAUAUCUCCUUCGAUCAAGAGUCACCCAUCGUCGAAACCACCCCGCCUAAUGCAGAAUGCGAUUCCCGAUAUACAUUCCUUGCGCCUCGGGGGGAUUCAAUUGCCCAUCCCGGUCCAAUGAUCCUGAAUUCCGCUGGAGAACUUGUGUGGACGAAAUGGAACGGGGGUACAACACAAGACUUCAAAUUGCAGCGCUAUAAAGGUGAAGACUACCUCACUUAUUGGCAAGGAGACACCGCCGACGGUUAUGGACGAGGGUCAUGGUACAUGAAGUACGUGGUGUCCCCAAUCGGUAUAUAUGACGGUGACCUGCAUGACUUUCAAAUCACUUCCAACGAUACCGCAAUUUUGAUGAUUUACGACCCUAUCCCCAUGGAUUUGAGCUCUAUCGGUGGUCCGGAGCUGGGAUGGAUGUAUGAUGGGAUGUUCCAGGAAAUCAACCUCGAAACCGGAGAACUCCUAUUCCAGUGGCGCGUAUCUGAUUUCUACCACCCGAGUGAUAGUUAUUAUCCGAUUGGAGAUGCCGGUCAGGGACGGACCUCGGGGUAUGACCACUCGCACAUCAACAGUGUAGACAAGGAUGAUCAGGGUCGGUACCUGGUUUCGAUGCGCCACCUCCAUACUGUUGCAUGCAUAGAUGGAACCACUGGUGAUGUCCUCUGGUCACUAGGAGGGAAACGGAACGAUUUUACUGAUGCUUCGGAUGGAGCUGCCACCGACUUCUCAUGGCAGCAUGACGCUCGCUGGCAAGGACUCAACCGCCUCAGCUUGUUCAACAACGCAGCCUACAAUAACGACAACCUCUCCGCGGUGAGUCAUGGGAUGAUUGUUGAUCUGGAUACGGAAGAACAGCAGGCAAAACUACUGCAAUCCUUCCAUCAUCCGCACGACAUAAUGGCUGUUUCUCAAGGGAAUAUUCAAGUACUCGAUACAGGGAACGUGCUCGUGGGUUGGGGCCACUCUGCAGCCUUCACCGAGUUCUCCCCAAAUGGCGAUGUUGUAUGCGAUGUGCACUUUGGUGCCUCUGCCUUCUUCACAUUUGGUCGUGUCGUCUCCUACCGAGUGUUCAAGUUCAACUGGGUUGGUAAUCCUCUAACGAUCCCUGACACUGCUAUCACACCAGAGAGUGUCUUUGUUAGUUGGAACGGUGCCACCGAGGUAGCCGAAUGGCGGGUUGAGGCAUGGGAUGGUGAAGACCUCAGAAAUAUGACAUUCACGGCUGUCGACCAGGUCCCUCGCGAGGGGUUCGAAACUGAAAUCCCACUGACCUCCACGGUUGAUUCAUUCUUCCGCCUGCGUGCAAUGACCUCAAACGGAGAGAGUCUCGGUGUGACGGAACUACUCCAGCGACUACCAGCGUCAUCAGACGAAGACUCUCCCCAUAUCAGCCCAUGGGCCCUGGGGGCCAUUGUGUUUGUGGUGCUUUCCUGUCUCAUUUGUGGUGUCUACUUUGCUAUUCGCCGUCGAAUUCGCCAGGAAUUCGGCUCCAGUGGCAUUUAUCAAUUGGUGUCCCAUAAAGAUGAAAAUGAGGGCGAUGAAAGCGCCAUCAGCAACCCGGUCGAAGAGAAACACUACUACGACACCUCAACCAGCCCAACGGACGACUCGAACGACGAUCCAAAGAACGAAGUCUCUGGAGCUGCCCUCGCUAUGACUGUGCCCGAGGAACUGCCGCGAGACAUCAAUGGCUGGAAGUGGCAUUUGACAUCGGUCUACAUAUUGGCUUCCACCUUCCUAUAUGCUCUCGAUGCGAUAGUGAUGGCUGAUCUUCAGCCUGUCAUCGUGUCGGAGCUCGGUGGCAUUGAAAAGCUGCCGUGGUUGAGUGUCACAUUUCUGUUAAGUGCGACGGUCACCAAUCUAGUCUGGGGCUACAUGUACGGCCACUUCACUGCCAAGUGGUUUUACAUCUUAAAAAUUUCUUCAUUUCAUUCUCGCAUCUUUCUGAAUCUCGUCACAUGGAAUAAAACCAUAUAA